AUGGGUGUAUUUACGGGUAAAUGUGGGACUUCACUGGACCAUGGUGUGGUUGUGGUGGGAUAUGGUUCCGAAAAUGGGAAGGACUAUUGGCUUGUUAGGAACUCAUGGGGGACAAAUUGGGGCGAGGACGGGUACUUUAAGAUGGAGCGUAAUGUGGUUGGGACACGCAGUGAACCAUUGAGCCUCACGACUGAUACCGAGGAUUUUGUUCGAUCUAUAAUGGCUUCAGAAUCCAACUCAUCAUCAUCUCAACCUCCAACAGAAGUUACAGAUGAUAAAACUUCUGCAACCACCAUCUCUGAUCAGACUAAUAAUUCUACAACUACACCAUCUUCCAUGGAAACUCCACCUGUCAUAUCAUCUUCAGAUGGAGUUCCAAAUUUCCCCAAACCCACAUCACCACGAGAAAACACUUCACAGUCUCAAAGUCAAAACACAGGAAAGUGGGCCAUUGCACGAAUCGCCAGUGGGUUUGGUUUGAUUUCUUCAAAAUCCUCUGGACCAAAUGACAAUUCUACCCCAUCUCCAUCUGCAUCUUCACCUUCAGCUGUUCUUCAGUCUGUUGGAAAAGGUUUAGUUGACGCAUCUUUGGGUGCAGUGAAAGUAGUUCAAGUUAGGGCACGCCAUAUGGUCUCCCAAAACAAACGAAGAUACCAAGAAGGAGGGUUUGACUUAGAUUUGACUUAUAUUACUGAUAACAUAAUCGCAAUGGGGUUUCCAGCUGGCGAUAUGAGUUCUGGUCUUUUUGGUUACUUUGAGGGAUUCUACAGGAAUCAUAUGGAAGAAGUAAUCAAGUUCUUUGAAACUCAUCAUAAGGAUAGAUACAAAGUGUAUAAUCUUUGUUCAGAAAGACUCUACGAUGCUUCACUAUUUGCAGGAAAGGUUGCAUCUUUUCCAUUUAAUGACCAUAAUUGCCCUCCGAUUCACUUAAUACCAUUAUUUUGUCAAAGUGCUUACUCAUGGUUAAAGGAAGACAUUCUCAAUGUUGUGGUUGUUCAUUGUAAAGCUGGAAAAGCAAGAACUGGUUUAAUGAUUUGUAGUCUUCUUUUAUUUCUAAAAUUUUUCCCAACAUCAGAAGAGUGUAUUGAGUACUAUAACCAAAGAAGAUGUGUAGAUGGGAAAGGAUUAAUACUUCCAAGCCAAAUUCGAUAUGUAAGCUACUUUGAGCGGAUCUUGAGAGAUUUUAAUGGCGAAAGUCCACCUGGCAGGAGGUGCAUGCUAAGGGGAUUCCGGCUUCAUGAAUGCCCUUAUUGGGUCAGACCUUCGUUGACUGUAUCUGAUCAUAAUGGGAUUCUAUUCACAACAAGAAAGCAUCCAAAAACAAAGAAUCUUAUGCCGGAAGAUUUUUGGAUUCGUGCACCGAAAAAAGGGAUUGUGGUUUUCGCGCUGCCCGGGGAACGUGGGCUGACCGAACUGACCGGUGACUUCAAGAUCCAGUUUCAUGAUCGACAAGGAGAUUUUUACUGUUGGCUAAAUACAACAAUGAUGGAGAACAGAGUACUUUUGCAGGGUUCUGAUUUUGAUGAUUUUGACAAGAGAAAAUUGCCGGUUCCGGGGUUCAAAGUGGAGAUAGUGAUGAUCGAUUACGAUGGAACGAUUCCGGAGAAGUAUAAAUCCAGUGACAAACCGAUGUUAAUAAGCUCCAAUGAUUCCUCACCUUCAUACAACAAUCCUUCCAAUUCCGCCCGGAAUAAGGAUUCCGAUGAGAAUGUGUUUUCCGACAGUGAUGAUGAUGAUCAAAAGGACGAGGACAAAUCUACUGUUUCUAUUGCACUGCCACCUGGCAAAAUAGAAUCACAAGUAACAACUUUGAACAAAAACACCCAACAACUUUCCUUAAAUAGCAACCCCACACUUGUAAAAACUGAGGCUGACAAACCCAAACCCAAACCCAUUCCAAAUUUGAAUCCCGGUGAUAUUAAGGCCAUUGCUGCUGAUGCUUCCGUUUUUUCAUUUGGAGAUGAUGAAGACGAUUUAAGCGACUGAUUUUUGUUUUUUUGUUUUUUUGUUUAAUGAUGUUGUCAAAUUGACCA